AUGGCGGGGCGCAGAGGCGACAUUUGGAGCUGGUGUGGCGCUGCCCCCACAGGAGCUCGCGUGCCUACCAGCAAGAGGCCUUCUCCGCGAGCAAGGAGGCCCACCAUACGCGAUGCAGCAGGUCCCCACUCUGCAGACUCGCCACCGCUAUCGUCAGCCAUUCCCAGCGAAUCUGGCCACAAUCAGGUGUACAACAGAACACAGGGAAUUUCCCAAUCUGCAACAUCAUUCGUGCAUGCGUGCAUUCGCGCCAUGCCCAACCUUGCCAGCUUCACAAAAUGGAGUCAUUACACAAGUCCCCUGUCUUCUUUACUCUCUGAGCUCGUCUUUCCCAUCAGCUGCAUCGGGGAUUUGUUCAGCCCCACAUUUUUGCCAUCAAGAAUAGCACACUCUUCAACCCCAAGUUGUCGACGCACUCCCCCGUUUUCAGCUCAGGGCGGUCUCUUGACCAGUCCCACAUCACGACUAGCAGUGGAUCCGUACAGCAACGCUUGUUCCCAGGGCUAUUCCAAAUCGUUGUACCCUUGGGAAACGGAUCCAAACUAUUAA